UUUAUAGAAACCUAUUCACAAAAAUGGCAUCCUGGUUAUAUGAAUGUCUUUGUGAAGCUGAACUUGCACAGUAUUAUCCUCAUUUUACUGCCCUUGGCCUUCAGAAAAUAGAUGAAUUAGCCAAGGUUACGAUGAAGGACUACUCCAAACUGGGAGUCCAUGACAUGAACGACCGCAAACGUCUCUUCCAACUUAUCAAAAUUAUUAAGAUUAUGCAGAAAGAAGAUAAAACAGUCAGCCCAGAGCAUCAUCUUCAGACAAGUAGCGUGUACAUCAAGCCUCAGGAAUUCAGAUCUGGCCCUCGCAGACAGCUGCACUUUGAUUCUCCUGUGGACAAUAAAGACAGAACUGCCAGCAAUGAUGGGUUUGAAAUGUGCCGUUUAUCAGAUUUCUCUGCAAAUGAACAGAAGUCCACUUAUCUAAAAGUGCUGGAACACAUGCUACCAGAUGAUUCCCAGUACCAUACAAAAACACGAAUUCUGAAUACCACAGCUGCUGAUUCCUAUAUGCAAACAGAAACUAACACUGCACUCUUUUCAUCAAAUCACUUUUCUCCGAUAUUAGGACAUUGUGAUAUUCCCAUUAUUCAAAGAGUCUCUCAUGUUUCAGGUUAUAACUAUGGAAUCCCUCAUUCUUAUAUCAGACAGAAUACCUCAGAGAAAGAGAAUCCUUGGACUGAGAUGGAGAAAAUCAGAGUUUGUGUUCGAAAACGUCCUCUGGGCAUGAGGGAGGUACGUCGUGGAGAAAUUAAUAUUAUUACUGUAGAAGACAAAGAAACCCUACUUGUGCAUGAGAAGAAAGAAGCAGUUGACCUCACACAAUAUAUUCUUCAGCAUGUUUUUUAUUUUGAUGAAGUCUUUGGUGAGGCGUGUACCAAUCAGGAUGUAUACAUGAAGACUACUCACCCACUCAUUCAGCAUAUUUUCAAUGGAGGCAAUGCCACUUGCUUUGCAUAUGGACAGACAGGUGCUGGAAAGACCUACACCAUGAUAGGAACUCAUCAGAACCCAGGACUGUAUGCUCUGGCUGCCAAAGAUAUCUUUAAGCAACUAGAAGUAUCCCAGCCAAGAAGGCACCUCUUUGUCUGGAUCAGCUUCUAUGAAAUCUACUGUGGACAGCUUUAUGACCUCCUAAAUAGAAGAAAAAGGCUCUUCCCAAGAGAAGAUAGCAAGCAUGUGGUACAGAUAGUGGGACUGCGAGAACUUCAGGUGGAUAGUGUGGAACUCCUCUUAGAGGUGAUCUUAAAGGGAAGCAAGGAGCGCAGCACUGGAGCCACUGGAGUUAAUGCAGACUCCUCCCGCUCCCAUGCUAUCAUCCAAAUUCAGAUCAAAGAUUCAGCCAAGAGGACAUUUGGCAGGAUCUCUUUUAUUGACUUGGCUGGCAGUGAAAGAGCAGCAGAUGCCAGGGACUCAGACAGGCAGACAAAGAUGGAAGGUGCAGAAAUAAACCAGAGUCUUCUGGCUCUGAAGGAAUGUAUCCGAGCACUGGAUCAGGAACACACCCACACUCCCUUCAGGCAAAGCAAAUUAACUCAGGUCCUGAAGGACUCUUUCAUUGGUGAUGCCAAAACCUGCAUGAUCGCCAAUAUCUCACCAAGUCACGUGGCCACUGAACACACUCUGAAUACCUUGCGCUAUGCUGACCGGGUCAAAGAACUAAAGAAAGGCAUUAAGCGUUGUGCUUCAGCUACCAGUAGAAAUCGGACAUCUGGAAGCUCCUCUCCAAAACGAAUUCAGAGCUCCCCUGUGGCCCUGCCAGGGGACAAGUGUUCUCCCAAGAAAGUAAAGCUGGGGCUUCAGCAAUCACUCACAGUGGCACUGGGCUCCACAAGAGGGAAGACCCAUCCUCUGGCCAGCCACCCACCAAACAUCCCUUUUGCUUCUGUACCUAAAGUCCCUGGUAAAAGGGGUAGCUCCAGAGGGAGUCUUCCUCAAGAGUGGGUCAUUCAGACUAGCCCUGUCAAAGGAACCAUGAGUUUUGGACAUUUGGCCAGAAAAAGGGCAGAAGAGUCAGUACCCUUGUGCUCUGAGAAAAAUCAAAUUGGCAACAAAACUGCCCUUGGGUGGGGAAGCAGAGCUCCAGGCCCAGAAGAAGGCCUAGUGCAUGGUAAGCUGCCCACCAAGUACAAGAAAGUUCAGACUGUGCAGCCAGUACAGAAGCAGCUUGUGUCACGAAUUGAGCUCUCCUUUGGCAACACCCACCACAUAACAGAGUAUAGUCAGGACAGCAAGGGAGGCAGCCCUGCCUCUGAAACUUGGACAAACAUCCUUCCACAUCAGAAGGACAGGGAGGAACAUUUACGUUUUUAUCACCAGCAGUUCCAGCAGCCUCCUCUCCUCCAACAAAAGUUAAAUUACCAACCACUAGAAAGGUUUUUAUGCCAGUACAGGACACCAGAGGGUCAGCUCCAGAAUGAGACUCCCCCUCUGUUCCACUCUUAUUCUGAGAGCCAUGAUGGAGCCCAAGUUGAGGACCUUGAUGACAGUGAUUUCAGUGAAGAUUCUUUUUCACAUGUCUCCAGUCAAAGGACCACAAAGCAGAGGAACACCCUGGAGAAUAGCGAAGACUCAUUCUUCCUUCAUCAGAAUGGGGAGCAAGGUCCUGAGGAGCAGGCAGCAGAAAGGCGGGAGAGUCUAUUUUCUAGCCCCAAGACUGAUGUUCAUGAGAAAGGUCUAAGUGAAAGCUGGGUUUACUCCAAGGACCCUAUAAGCCACAGAAGAGCAGCACUUGAUCAUAGCAGCAGCCCAAGUAAGGUGCCCUUAGAUUGGAACAGAGAGGAGGACUCCACCUCCUCAGGGCAUUCUCCCAGAGACAGCCUGGCAGAGAAGCCUUACUGCUCACAGGUAGAUUUUAUAUAUGGCCAGAAAAGAGGUGGAGGCCCUGCCUUUGAUCUCAGACAGGAUGCCUUCAGAAGUAAGGUUCCUGGGCACACUGAGAGCAGCUUGCCAUCCUCAGAGGAAGAUGGUUUCACUUUCUCACUAUCUCACAGUGUAGUUCCUGGAUCCCCAGACCAAAGAGACACAGUCACCACACAUUUGAGAGAAGUCAGUGAAGAUAGCCCAAUUCAAGUGACUAGAACAGUGAAAAACAGUAAUGCUUCCCAAGGAGAAGACUCUAGAGGGCAAUUAGGCAUGUGCUCUGAAUAUGCUUCUGGACUGAUGGCUCCCCUCACUGUGUCCCUCCUGGAGAACCCAGAUGAUGAGGGUUCUCCUCCAUUGGAGCAGCUGGCCCAGGAUAGGGCUAUGCAUAGUCCAGUGGCAGAGAGCACAGGGGGGCCAGUUGUGGGCCACGCAGUGUCAUCUGGUAAUCAAGAAGCAGUCUUGCCAGUGUCUUCAGCAACUGGGCACCUGUGGCUGUCCUCAUCUCCACCUGACAAUAAGCCUGGGGGUGAUCUUCCAGCUCUGUCUCCAUCACCCAUCCGUCAGCACCCACCUGACAAGCUGCCCAACAGAGAGGCUGACCUGGGAGAGGCCUGCCAGAGCAGAGAGACUGCCCUCUUCUCCCAGGAACAUGUGGGUGGUGAGCGGUAUGAUGCUGAUGCUGAAGAGGUAGAGCUUGGCGGCUCCUCGGGUUUCCCAAAAAAGCCCUUCCCUAUCAUACAUACUGGGGUGCCUCAUUCUGGACCUACACUCACCACACAAACAGGAAGUAGUGUCCAAUCCUGGGCUCAGAGGAGAAAACAUCCUACAAGUUUUGGUUGGCAGGAGCUUGGUUUGUCCGCAGACCCCAUGAAGUUGGCCUGCUGCAAAGACAUCACAUGGCUCAAACAUAGGCCAGUCUCAAGGUGUAUAGCAGGGCCGGGCUCUCCCCUGGUCCACAGCCGCACUCCCAAGACUGCAGGGACACUCCAUCAGCCCACCCUGAAGCAAGCACAGCAGGUAGUCAUCCAAGCACACCAGGAACAACUGGAUGAAAUGGCCGAGCUAGGCUCCAAGGAGGAGACCCUGAUGAGCCAGCUGGCUUCUAAUGAUUUUGAAGAUUUUGUGACCCAGUUGGAUGAAAUCAUGGUUCUGAAAUCCAAGUGCAUCCAGAGUCUCAGGAGCCAGCUGCAACUGUACCUUACCCGCCACAGGCCAGCUGCAGCCCCUGAGAGGACAGUGGUGUCUUAG